CUUCCUUUCUUCCUCCUUGCCGCAUCUUUUCCUUUCUCUUUUCUCCUCUCGAUCUAUCUGUGAACGACAACCCACAGUAGAGAAAAAAUCCUAGAAUCUUCUUUCCAUCGAUUGUCCUCCUUUUUUUUUUGCUUGUGAUCUCUACUUCUCCUCCAUCCCUCGUUUUCUCUCCCAUGGCUUCUUCCUCCGAUAUGGAAGAAACAGAUCAGAAAAGCAACUAUCCGGGGGUGGAAGAAAAGGGGGUCACGUGGUGGCCUCGGGUGUUGACGGAGGUGAAGGGAUCGAUCGCCAGACAAGUAGGGAGAGGAGAUCUGGGUAGUAGAGAAGCGAAAGACAGGAAGAAACCAGAUCUGGGUAGGUAGUCGAUUUUUCGUAUCCCUAUUUCUACUCGGGCCGCGGGGAAUCUGCUCUAGGCGCGCCAAGACAAACAGAUCUGCUCUUCCGAGUAGAAAAGCGAAU